GAUUGAGGGCUGGAGGAGCUGAGUAGGUGAAAGUCUCUGUGGUUACAAGUGUGCAGGAGUAAGGAUGAUCCCCGAGUGACCCGCCUGUACGCCGUCUACUAGUCACGUGAUGUACGCAGGAGGGGAGGUUGAUUGCUAACCUCACUCGGUGCCCCACCCGCAUUCAUCCCCCUCCUUUGGGAUCAUACCCUCCUCCUCGACGUUCAGAUCUUUUCCAACAGGCUGAGCGAGGUCCCACAAAUUGGCUCCAUAGCUCGACUCUGAGGGUCUUCGUAUACUCAAAGGAACAAUCACGCAUACACGUAUCCGGGUCACUCGAGGCGCACUCGAUCGAUCGGCUCAAAGCGAACGAGCAAUAUCUCUUCUUGACAUUCCUCACUUGUGACUGGUCAUGGAUCUCAUACCAACUUGAUCCAUCCACUUCUCCAUCUUGACGACAAGUUUCGUAGACGACAAAAUAGCGAAAGAUCCCGGGCGCAGCGGCUCUGCCUCUCUCGAUGGCGUCCUCGACAACUCAAGAGUUUCAGGCUCCAGGCGGACCCGCUUCAGGUUCGCAGGAACAGGUGACAGGUGCCCUUUGGGAAUCCAGCGUCCCCCGGAACAAUCUCGUGGCCUCCAAACGACCUUGUGAUGUCUGCAGGAAGCGAAAGAUAAAAUGCAUACCCUUCAACCUCGAGUCGGAUGCCUCGCCCAAGCCAGGCGAACGAUGUCGAGGGUGUGAGAACCUCGAUGUGAAAUGUAGUCACGACUAUGUCAACAAGAAACCGGGGCGUCCGUUGGGCAGCACGAAAAAGUUGAAGGAGGAGAAGGCCCGAGGAUCGGCCAAGGCGAGCACGUCGAACGACCGUGGCAACAAGGAUGGUUCGCUCGAGACUGAAGAGGGCACCUCGGAGGUCCUGACGAGCGCAAUAACGAGCGAACCAAACUUGUCCCUGCCCGUCUGGAAGUUGCCUGCUCAAGAGUUGCUCGUCUCGGCCGAAGAACCGGACCCUACGGCUCUCACACCAGAUGUCGGCCGAGAGACCUUUAUGAACUCUCCCUUUACUCGAAACAUCGACAUUCGUCCGUCCUACUCUGAUGGACAUCCCACGCCGGCAUCCCACAUUCACAAGAUUUCCCCAAACACAUCGCGAGACGAUGAUCGAGGUUCGAGAGGUCAAAGCGAGAUAGGGCUCUGGCCCGCUGCGAUGGACAAGAGCGCUACGAGCAGCGUUGUCGACGCUCAGAGUCCUUUUCAGAGCCUUCUUACCGUCAGGCAAGGCGAAGACUCGUAUGACACAUAUCAAGCCUAUGGAAAUCCGUAUCCCAGGCCGCCUCCACAGUAUCCCUUCCAGCGCUCUCAAGCCCAUGAAUCGGCUAGAGGGACCAAACGAAAAGCUUCGUAUGGUCCAGGCGAUGAUCUUUUGAGCCCCGGGAGAUCGGUCUCGAGCUACGCGGGUGGGCAAAGUGUGGAUGCAGGUCAUUACCCCUCGGAUGAUCGCCGUCGGAGCUUUUCGAGGCGAAGCAGCAUGUCCAUCACUCGUCUCAUACAAUCGGAUCAUCAGCCUGUCCUGAAAGGCAACAUGGGAGAGGGACAGUCGGAGAGAGAUUUCGCUACCUCCUCCAACGGCAAUCACCUGCAGCGACACGGCUCGGGCGGCAUUCCGGUUCAAGGACAGAACGGUCGCUCGACCCACAGGGACUCGUUCGCUUCGUACCAAUUCGACGCCCUGCUCGAUCCGAGUCUCGACCCCACUCUGUUGAGCAGCAGCGUGCCGCAAUUGCAAUUCACGCAGGCACCUCGGAGCGAUUCGCCGUUCCAUCAGAUCGAGACUGUAACGAGCUGGACCAACGUCGAAUUCUUCAUCCAGCUCUAUCUCAAGCAUCAGCAUGCCCUCGUCCCCAUCGUGCACAAACCCACUUUCAGGUCGGACCUCCUGGAUAGACGAGACAGGACGGAUCCGGAAUUCAGGGCGCUGCUUUUGAGUCUUGUCGUCUACGUGAUCUGCCAGGUUCCGGUACAUAUGAUGACCUCGAUAGGCUAUACCAAGGAGAACUUAGAGACUCUGCAAGCGCAAUGCCAUUAUGCGUCCAAAGUCAUUCAAUCACAAGUGCGCAAGGCGAGAUGGGAGACAGGCGAAGAACCAAACCUGACGAGCUUGGCGGUCUUGAUCAUAGACUACUUUUACAGUCAGAAUUGUAAUGACAUCGCAGGUGCUGCAACAACAUUAGGUGAAGCCGCCCGCCUAGCUUAUGUCAAGAAGCUGCAUCGCACCGAGCAACACAAAGAGGGCGAUUCUUACGACCGAGUCGAAGAUGAGUUGCGAAAGAGAAUCUUCUGGCAGUUAUACAACACGGACAAAACCGAUGCAUGUUGUGGUAUGCCUGUCAUGCUUCACGAUUUCGAAGGAUUGCCACCAUUCCCCGAGUGCAUCGACGACGAUCUCAUCAAUAAGCACGGUAUGAUACCGCAGCCCGCGAAUCAAACAUCCUACAUCACAGGAUUCGUGUCCUUGUCGGGGCUUUUCCAAACACUCGGAGAGUGCCUGAAACUGUUUCGACAGUAUAAAGCCUCCCCCAAAGAGAGGGAUAGACCAGGACUCGAGGAGUGGGUUGAAAACGCUUGCAAGCGGAUCGACGAGGAUCUCGACAGCCUGCCCGAGGUAUUGCGCCCAACCACUCUACACGACCCUAACGUGGACUCGAACGAAGUCUUUGCUGUCCAACGAGUCAACCUGAUGAUUACUGCUGUUCUCGCGAAAUUCGAGAUCUUCGACUUCAAGCUGGAGCUGGGCACUCCCAUCGAACAGGUCACGGCGGAGCGCGAAGCAGAAAGUCGCAAGAUAUGUGAUCUACUCCAUCGCACACCGAUUGAUCAUUGUGCUAUGAACGGAGAAGCUAUGCGGACCAAGCUUGUUCGGAUAAUGUCAGCCGUCGCUCACGACAAGGAAUUCUUCAAUGACCAAGUCAAGAGGUGGUGGGACGUCUAUGCUCACAUGCAAUUCGUCCAAGUCAUCCCCGCCUCCAAGCGGAUGUUUGGGGACUGAACACACCGAUCCUUCAACUUAACGAAACCGAAACGAAUCUAAUGACGAGUCAUUUCCGGCUCGACCCUGUACGAUGAAAGGGAACGGGGCU